CGGCUCGUGUGAUUUUGUGUUUUAGAUAAUCUAUUCAAAUUAUUGUGUUUUGUUGUAGUGUUUCAAGACUUAGUAUGCGUUUUAGAAUAUAUUUUUUAGUUGUCUAUGGAUUUAUUGAGAUCUAUGCAUAUACGAUGCCUGAAAUCGUACUUGACUUAAAACAUACCGGAUUUCAGAUAUCAGUUCCUGAUAAAGCUGGAAUAACAGAGGUUGUGUAUGUUAUUGAAAUAAAUGAUAUAUGUUCAACAAUAAUGGACUAUUUAAGUAAACCUCAAGAUAACAUGUGGUCGGCUCGUCAGCAAAACAUAACUCUCAAUAAUCACGACCGUGUUUCCGUUACCUUAAUGAUUGUCCAUAAUGACAGCAUAUAUUUGAAUACAGAAAAUUUUCGAAUAGAAAAUAGUAAACCCAAAAAAGUGAUCACAUCCAAUAUUAAAAAAAAUAGCAUUGAAGAUUUUAUUCCGGAAUGCGUGACAGCUCAUACUAACAAUCAAAACUGCCGAAAACCGCAGACUACUUCGACUACCGCAAUAGUUAAUUGCAUAGAUGACUUAAUAUUUGAAGAAAAUUUUGACAACACAGAUGAAGUUAACCUCUCUCGUUGGAGUUACGAUAUAUACAAUAAGAACAGUGAUAAUCGUAGUGUAGAAUUCGUGCUCUUCGAUAACUCAAAAAAGAACUGUUUCGUUAGUGAUGGUUGUUUAAACAUCGUGCCAACUGUAACCGAGAAAAUACGUGCCCAACCAAUUGAUCUCAGAAAAAAGUAGUUCUUUUUUUAUCAAAUUAAGGAAAGCUAUUAAAAAUUAUAUAAAUGUCUUCAUAGAUGUACGAGCAAUUUUAGAGAUGCCUGCUAUAUCAAUACCGAAAUAAUAAACG